AUUAACACCAAAUUCAAACUUUUCACCAACAUUUUCCAACUCAAAACUAAUUGAUGCGCGUAUAGUAGAUGGAGACGAAGUGAAACCACCUCAUUACUACAACUUUCAAGUUGCCAUAUUCAUCGAUAUGCCACAUAUGCAAGAAGAAGGAUUUUGUGCUGGAUCUUUAAUAACUAGAAGAUACGUUUUAUCCGCUGGACAUUGUAUAGCGGGCGCAAAUAAAGUCGAAAUUGUUUUCGGGGCUCAUAACAUUAACAAAACUGAAUCAUCCCAAAUUCGUAUGACAUCCAACAAAUUUAGAUUCCAUGAGGAUAUUGUUAUUUUCUUUGGGUUAAAUGAUUUGGUGUUAAUAGAAUUACCGGAAGCGGUGCCUUUAUCAGGUUAAAUUAAACACAAAAAAAAAAUUAUAAAAUUAAUUUAUCGUUUACUUUUUAGAUGAAAUUGGUUUAGCAAAACUACCAUCAUUAAACGACAUCGAAGAUAACUUAGAA